CUCCCCGCCCCGCCAGCCGCCCGAGCGGAGCCGCCGCGGCCGGAGCCCGAUGCCGGGAGCUGGGCGCUGAGGGCGGCCCCGAGAUGGGGAUUCUCAGCAUCACGGACCAGCCUCCUCUGGUCCAAGCCAUCUUCAACCGCGAUAUAGAGGAGGUGCGGUCAUUGCUGAAUCAGAAGGAAAACAUUAAUGUACUGGACCAAGAAAGACGAACGCCGCUGCAUGCUGCUGCCUACAUAGGAGAUGUUGCAAUCCUUGAGCUCCUAAUACUGUCAGGUGCUAACGUUAACGCAAAGGACACUGUUUGGCUUACCCCAUUACACCGCGCUGCGGCUUCUCGUAACGAAAAGGCACUUCACCUCCUCCUGAAGCACUCAGCAGACGUCAAUGCCCGCGACAAGUAUUGGCAAACGCCUCUGCACGUCGCCGCUGCCAACCGGGCCACCAAGUGCGUGGAGACCAUCAUCCCCCUGCUGAGCACUGUCAACGUCGCGGACCGCACGGGCCGCACAGCACUCCACCACGCCGUGCACAGCGGCCACCUCGAGAUGGUGAACCUGCUGUUGAACAAAGGGGCCAGCCUGAGUACUUGUGACAAGAAGGACCGCCAGCCCAUCCACUGGGCAGCUUUCCUGGGGCAUUUGGAAGUUCUGAAGCUGCUGGUGGCCCGGGGAGCUGAUGUGAUGUGUAAGGACAAGAAGGGCUACACCCUACUGCACACCGCGGCAGCCAGCGGCCAGAUCGAAGUCGUGCGUCACCUGCUGAGGCUGGGCGUCGAGAUCGAUGAACCAAAUUCCUUCGGUAACACUGCACUUCACAUUGCCUGUUACAUGGGCCAAGAUGCUGUGGCCAACGAGCUGGUCAACUACGGCGCCAACGUCAAUCAGCCUAACGAGAAGGGCUUCACCCCUCUGCACUUUGCUGCCGUCUCAACCAACGGGGCCCUGUGCCUAGAGCUCCUCGUCAACAACGGGGCCGAUGUCAACUUUCAGAGUAAGGAAGGAAAGAGCCCUCUGCACAUGGCUGCCAUUCACGGACGGUUCACGCGUUCACAGAUCCUCAUUCAGAACGGCAGUGAGAUUGACUGUGCUGACAAAUACGGCAAUACCCCCCUCCACGUUGCUGCUAGAUAUGGCCACGAGCUGCUAAUUAGUACUUUGAUGACGAAUGGUGCUGACACUGCAAGGCGUGGGAUCCACGACAUGUUCCCUCUGCACUUAGCUGUUCUCUUUGGAUUUUCAGACUGUUGUCGUAAGCUACUUUCCUCAGGUCAGUUGUACAGUAUCGUCUCCUCGCUGAGCAAUGAGCACGUGCUGUCUGCAGGCUUCGAUAUCAACACACCUGACAACCUCGGGAGGACUUGCCUCCACGCUGCUGCUUCUGGAGGGAAUGUUGAAUGUCUUAAUUUGCUGUUGAGCAGCGGUGCUGACUUGAGGAGGAGAGAUAAAUUUGGAAGGACUCCACUGCACUACGCGGCUGCCAACGGCAGCUAUCAGUGUACGGUGACACUGGUCACGGCAGGAGCCAGUAUUAACGAGGCUGACUGUAAAGGCUGUACCCCCUUACACUAUGCUGCUGCUUCGGACACGUACAGGAGAGCAGAGGCUCAUUCAGGAAACAGCCAUGACACUGAUGAGGAGCCACUGAAGGAGUCCAGGCUGAAGGAGGCAUUCUUUUGUUUAGAGUUCUUGCUGGAUAAUGGUGCUGACCCAUCCCUCCGGGACAAGCAGGGAUAUACUGCUGUCCACUAUGCAGCUGCGUACGGCAACAGGCAGAACCUCGAACUGCUCCUGGAAAUGUCUUUUAACUGCCUGGAGGAUGUGGAAAGCACCAUUCCAGUCAGCCCUUUGCACUUAGCUGCCUAUAAUGGUCACUGUGAAGCCCUAAAGACACUUGCCGAAACCCUGGUGAACCUCGACGUGCGGGACCACAAGGGGCGGACGGCGCUGUACCUCGCCACGGAGAGAGGCUCCACGGAGUGUGUGGAGGUGCUCACCAGCCACGGGGCGUCCGCCCUGGUGAAGGAGAGGAAGAGGAAGUGGACCCCUCUCCACGCUGCAGCUGCCAACGGGAACACAGAUUCCCUGCACCUCCUGAUAGACAGCGGGGAGCGGGCAGACAUCACCGACGUCAUGGACAUCCACGGCCAAACCCCACUGAUGCUGGCAAUCAUGAAUGGCCACGUUGACUGUGUCCAUCUCCUGCUGGAGAAGGGAUCCACAGCCGAUGCAGCAGACAAGAGGGGAAGGACCGCCCUGCACCGAGGGGCUGUGACGGGCUGUGAGGACUGCCUGGCUGCCCUCCUGGACCACGAUGCCUUCGUUCUGUGUCGGGAUUUCAAAGGCCGGACCCCGAUCCACUUUGCGUCGGCGUGCGGGCACUUAGAAAUCCUGAGGACCCUGCUGCAGGCAGCCCUCUCUACUGACCCUCUGGACUCCGUGGUGGACUACAGCGGUUACUCACCGAUGCACUGGGCUUCAUACAGUGGGCAUGAAGAUUGUCUUGAAUUGUUACUUGAACACAAUCCAUUUGCGUACCUAGAAGGAAACCCCUUUACUCCAUUGCACUGUGCAGUAAUUAACAACCAGGACGGCACUGCUGAAAUGCUGGUGGAAGCAUUAGGUGCCAAGAUUGUUAAUAGCAGAGAUGCCAAAGGAAGGACACCCCUUCACGCUGCUGCCUUUGCAGACAACAUCCAUGGUUUACAGCUGCUUCUGCGCCACCAAGCCGAGGUGGACAUGACUGACAAGCUGGGGAGGACUCCCCUCAUGAUGGCUUCUGAGAACGGGCACACUGCAGCAGUCGAGUUCCUGCUGUACCAAGCAAAAGCAAAUAUAACUGUGCUGGAUGUCAACAAGAACACAGCUCUUCACCUGGCCUGCAGCAAGGGUCAUGAAAAGUGUGCCUUGUUGAUCCUGGGGGAAACCCAAGACCUUGGCCUUAUCAAUGCAAGUAACAGUGCUCUGCAGAUGCCGCUCCACAUCGCAGCUCGGAACGGGCUGGCCUCUGUCGUCCAGGCCCUGCUCAGCAGAGGUGCCACUGUGCUGGCUGUGGAUGAAGAAGGUCAUACCCCAGCCUUGGCAUGCGCCCCCAACAAGGACGUUGCCGACUGCCUGGCACUUAUCCUCUCCACCAUGAAGCCUUUCCCACCUAAAGACGCCAUCAGCUCUUUCAGCUUCAACCUCCUCAAGAACUGCGGCAUUGCAGCCAAAACCGCCGCCUGCGGGGCCCUGCCCAACGGCAGCUCCUGCCCCUACAGCAAGGACCGGCACAAUGCCAUCGGCUUGGACGGCUGUUACUCGGAGUAGCUUAAACUAUGGGUGACCUAAUAUCUUAUUAUAUUUAUUUAGAAAUUCUAUAAAUAUAGGGCACUUUAAAGGAGAACAAGACUGGGCAGGCCUUCUAGCGUGGCCGGGUAGGCCAAGAGUUCAGAGCUUCCUCUUCUCGCUGGAUUGCCAGCGCGGUGCCAGAGCUGUUAAUUGGUUUAACGAGCAGCCGGCGGUGCCGUUCCCGUCCCCUGCCCCUUGUCCAUCCUCUCCCCCCCCCCCCAGCGCCUGCUCGCACCCCUCCGGCGGCGGGGCGGGAGACGGGUGCUGCGGGAUGAGGGCUUCGCCCGGCCGAGGCGAGGCGGGCGCCGCCGGCCGUCAGGAAGGAGCUUUGUCCCCCAGCCUUCAGGGUGGUCGAAAUCGGUGCCGGCGUUGCCCAGGGGCCCCGUGCCGUGCUCCCGGGGCUGCCCCGAGCCCUCGCUGCGGCCGGUCGGGACGGGGAAGCCUGAACUCUUGGUGGGAUUUGGGGGGGGGGGGGGGGGGGGUGUGUGUCUUUGGGAAUUGGCUGGUCUUGCAGGCGCUGGGGGUGGGUGUUAGCUCCUGGCCAAGUGCCACUGUAACUGCUCCUCUCGCAAUCACUUCUGUUCUCACGCUCAUUCUUCGAUUCCAAUACAAACACUUGAAUCAAGAUCUACUGUACCUGGGACACUAAAAAUAUCCUUUUGGCAGCUGUCAUUUAUAUGCAAAAACGGGUGCUGCUGCCCAACCCCGCGGUCGGCUGGCUGCGGAUGCGCUGCUGGAGCCUCCCUCCCCACACCAGGCACUUUAGGGAUUCUGUUGGUUGGUUGUUUUUUUUCCUUGACAAAACGUUGGAUCCUAAGAAACAAUUCUUUUUUGAAUUUUCGUUCUCUGUUUUGCGUGGCCGUUUCCAUGCGAGAGUCAGUGUUGCUUUUUUUUUUAAAAAAGAAAAGUUAUUUAUAAAGAAACGAGCAUUUACCUUUAAAAAAAACAACAAAAACCAUAAAAAAAUUCUGAAAGUUUUAGCCUUUAAUAAGGAAAAAAAAAUGCACUUCAAAGUCCUUAUUCACAACCCUAAGUAAGUCUGCGUUUAUUUUUCUAAUGCAGCAUCUUGGCAGGUUUAUUAGCGUGCGUGUAUGUGGGAUCAUUGUUUUUUGUUUUGGGUUUUCUUUUUUUAAUUUUAGAAAUCAUAUUUAUAAUGCAGGUUUGAAGCAUUCGAGAAUGUUGCACUGUUUUUUUCCGUUGUUUUUGGUUUUGUUUCUUUGUUUUUUUGUUUUGUUUUUUUUUUUUUUCCUUCUGAAUUACUGUAACAGUAUCAUGUACAAAAAACAAUACUCUUUCUCCAUAUCACGAGUCUGUUCAAAGCCAAAGACUGGGAUGCAGAGAACGAGAAUGGGCUGACAGGGCAACAAGCGUUUUGGGAACCAUCUUCUCCCCCCGACCCCCUUUCCCUCCGCAGCCUUGCCGGGAGCGCGGGGCGGGGGCCGAGGCUCCCCCCCGGGGGCAUCCCAGUGCGAUCCCUGUGGGAUGGGAGUGGGGAGAGAAGGAUCCCUCUCUCCCAGCACACCCUCGGCGCCCGCUCGCCUCCUCUUCGCCGGCGAGACUGCGACGGGGCCGCGCGAGCCUUGCGUUGCGGCUCUUCUGCCCAGCGUUUCAGAGAGAAAAAGCAUUUCUGUAACCAAAAUAAGGUAUUACGUCUUUUUUCUUCGUCUUUUUUUUUUUUUUUUUUUUUUAAAUAGUUUCUAAAUGAAGGUGGCUCCUGUUAGGGUGGUGUUGGUCGGGUUUAGGCGGUGGUGUGGAGCGAGAGUUGGAGCUGGCCGUUCCUGGGGACGGCUCCCGAACGGGCGAGGGUGCUGCUGGCAGCCCGCGGGGAGGGUCCCCUCGCACUGUUUUCUUUCUUUUACCAAAGCCAAACUCUUAGAACCAAAUAUGAAGUCUCAGUCUUGGCCUUUGGGUGAUAAGCACAUUUUCUUCACGUUUCAUAUAGGAGUUUUUCCCAGCGGGGUCGGGCCCUCGCAUUGCCCUUGCUCGGCACCAGCUGGCUGGCGGAGCUCGGUCUCCCCGUCCCGUUACCCACCCGCACUUCGUUCAGCAAAGCACUCGAGAAAUUUGCCCUUGGCGAGACCUCGGAGCCGAGCGCUGGCCAGCCCGGUCCCCGCAGGGCUCCGGUCCCUGGGUGCUUCCUGCGGGCUCCGCCGGCUGCUCCGCAGGGAUCCCCCCUUCUCGGACCUCGAGCCCCCUCCUCCCCGCUCUCAGCAAGGCGGCGGCGGCGGCUUGCUGUGCCGGCGGGUCCCCUCCUUUGGUGCCAGCGUAGGAUUGUGUCCCCAGCUGAUUGCGUCUCCCCACUCCCCCCUCCAACCCUCUAGCUUGAAAGAAAGUGUUAACCUUUCUGCACCGAAUACCUCAGUUCGGAACCAGAAUAAACUCACGAAACUUGAAUAAAAAGAUCCUUUUUGAAGAUCCUUUUCAGUAUUCUACAGAGGAGAACUGGAAAAAGAGACUUGUUUACAUUGCUGUCGAGUCUGCACUUGCCUCUUGCAGCUCUUUCCCUUUCUGGGAGGAAUUUAGGCAUCACUUUAUCUCUUGUCGCUGCCAGCCCUCACCCUCCCCGCGGGGCAGGAAAAUGGGUCCAAAGUCCAGAGCUGUCGUCUUCAAGGGCUAAAGUGCUUUUUCAGGCACACGGAGGGGCCCAGCCGCUCCCGGCCCCGGCCCCGGCGGCGAUUCCCGGGGACGGGGAUGGGUUCGGAGCGGGGCAGAGCCUGGGGCCACGACGGCUCCGUCCCCUCGAGCGAUGCCGCGGCUCUCCCGGGGUCGGGUCGGCUGGGGGAAGCUCGGAGGCCCCAGCAGAGCUGGGAUGCCCUGCGCCCACCGCGGGAGGGACGGGGCCGUGCCCCCUCCCCGUGCCCUGAUCCCCGGGGCCGUGUGGCUUUGGCACCGCUGGCGGGGGACGGGACUCCAGCACCGUUUCACUUGAACACGGCUUUUUCCUGUAGCCAGGGUGAGAGCGUUCCUUAGAGCACACGGAGAAUGCUGCUUUUCCUUCACUCCCCCUUAUUUUUUGGAGUAUUGUGGUUUUCAGCUUCUUUGUUUAGAGGAGAAAACCCAUCUCUCUUGGCCUUGUUUCUGUGCUACGACGUGGUACCUUCCGCUCAACAUGACGACUAAACUAUGACGAGACAAUCAAUGUGAUCUCUGUAAGGGCUUCUCCAUUUCUUCUCUGCAGCACCAUGCUUUAUAUAUGUGUGUUCUUUGCUCUUAGCGAGGAUCUUUUUCUCCCCUCCCCUUGUGUCUUAUUAAAAAUAAUAAUAAUAAUAAUAAAGAUGGAGGGAAAUGAGGUUUCAGCAGCGCAUCCGUGGUCUGGGAGCACAUGGGAGGAAACAUGGGGUGGGAGGGGAAGGGGGACGUGCGGCCAGUUUCCUUGCAGGUACCAGUCUUGUUCUCCUUUAACGCUGUAUUGUAUACAUUUGACAGCACAGCUUGACAAUUUAAGUAAUAAUCAAAGUGUUUGGUAAUAAUGCAUUAUUUUGCUAAACGAGAUUUGUGAUGGUUUCCCUAGUGCAUUGUAAAGAGGGAUGGAGGGAAACUUCCGCUGCCCUGCCCGCUCCCCCCCACCCCCCCCUGGCCCCUCGUGGACGGGGGCUCCCCCGAAUCUUCUUUCCCACUGACCUUUAUGCCAAAGUUGGACCAUUCCCGCUUCGCGUUCUGCCGGCGCCCGGCAGCCCUUUGGUGUAGCGCUCACCGAGCAGCGACUUUUUCGGCUUCCCCCCCCCCCGCCCUCAGUGCUACUUAAAUCUCUUGGUUUUGAAAACGCAGCCACCAGAUCACCCAUCCCCUCCACUGCCCCAACCUCCGAAAAAAGGAAGUUUCUCUCCGCCCCCUUGGUCCAAAGCACUUGCUUCAAGUAAUAAGCACUUUUGUUAAAGCAUGAGUCUGGAUUCCCUUUAGCAUCCCACGGGAUAGAGAGCAGCAAGAGCGGAAGGGAUAAGAGAGUGUCUUUGGUUUUAUUUUUUCAUUUUUAAUUUUAAAAAAAAAAAAAAAGUUUGUUUCUAGGGAAUGAAUGAACAAAGGGAAGUUGUGUUUUGAGAGAGAGUUAAGACAAAAAAAAAAAAAAAAAACAAAAAAAAAAACAAACCACAGCACAAAUACAUUUCAACUCAAAAGGUGUAUUUGCACUGCCAUUGCUAGAGAAAGGGGCUGCCAGCCCUGCAGCCCCACUGAGCCAUAUAAACUGCUGACAAACACUGAAUGUAACGUCCUUGCAGAGGGCAGCCCAGGGAGGCUGGGAUUGGCUUUAUUCUCGACGGGCACUUCAAUGAAAUUCAAAAAUAACCUAACGAUGAUGAGAAUCUGGUUGGUGUUUCUUUGUUGUUGCUGUUCCCGAGCUGCAGGCAAUUUGAAACUUUUUUUUUUUUCUUUAGGAAAACGUUUCCCCCCUCUCCAGCACUCCCCUCCCGUUCCCCCUGCCCCAUCCCUGCCCUGGCCGGAGCGAGGAGCUCCGGCGACCAAAAGCGAGAUGAGUAGUCCCCAGCCCCAUCGACCACGUCCCAGGGCUGGAAUCUGGCAGAUAUAAAAGUAGCACUAAAAACAAAGCAAAAACUCCCCCCAAAAAAGGAAAAAGGAACAAGGUUUUUUUUUCUGUUUGUUUGUUUUGAGCACUCUGAGUGUGGUAGUGAUUCCGUCGAUGCCCCGGCGUCUCCCAGCGUGCGGGGUAAGGCGUUAGAAACAAGUGGAAAACCAAAACAAAGAACAAACUGCAAAGACCCAAGAAACAAUCUUUUUCUUUGAUUUUAUUCUGUUGUUUGGUGGGACGGGGGGGACGGGCCCCGGGAGCUGCCCCCACUCCCUCCCAGCUCCACCCCGAGGGUCCCCGCAUCCCCCCACCUGCCCCAGGGACCACAAACGGGGGGACCUCGGGGUCCCCCCAGCCGCGAAUGUCGGGGUCGGACCCGUGCAGACUGUCAGCCCACGCUCACCUUUGCCUUCAGUGAGAAACCAAAGGAAAAACCAACCCCUUCCAUUCAAGAUACUGGCACGGACACGCGGAUUCUUUGGUUCGUUUUUUUUUUUUUUUUCUUUUUCUUUCCUUUUUUUCCUCCUUUUCUUUGUUUCUUUGUUUUUCUCCAAGGACGCGAGGAGCUGUUCAAACCUCUUCUCCUGGCUGAAUUUUUCUGGGCUCAGCAGUGCUGGGUGCAUUUGAAAGGAGGAAAAAAAAACCCCAACAAAGCCGAGACUCGGCCGAAGCGACGGCGGGAGCUUCGGAGCGGGGAGGCGGAGGGGUAACGUAUGCACGAGGCGAGGGACCUGCCGGGAGCUCUCCGAGGGGGAGCAGCGGCGCGCUGCAUCGCGGCUCUUUAGUUCCUAAAACCCUCAGAGUCGUGGCGGGAGGCUGGAGCGGGAUGGAGCCGGGGCCCCCGAGGGGCAGGGCGGGGAAGGGGGAUGCGUCUCUGAGGACUCAAAGGCAUCUGUAGCAAGCUCUGUGUCUUUACAAUAUCCUGUGUGUAAAUGCUGCACCUCUGUAUAUUAUGCACAUAAACGUUUCUUUGAAUAAGAUAGGACAGACCUCAUCACCAGUCAGGUAUAAACGACUCUUCCUCUUCUGUGUCUCGGUGUUCCGGUGUGCGUGUGCGUGCAAGCGGUUCGUGUGCGGGUCCGUGUGUCUGGGCGUUGUCUGAGCUUCCCGUGCAGGGGAGAAGGAGGGAAAAAAAAAAAAAAAAAAAGAGGAAAAUAGCCUUACUCGACCCAGUCGUAUCGGAUAUUGUUCGUCAACUUGAAAAUAAUAAAGUAAAUGCAUGGAAACCUCUA